CGAGCCGUUGGCACUUUGACGGUUGCCGCCAUGGAGGCCAAGGUCGAGACGACCGAGCUCCGCAGCGCAGCGCGCGGGACCAAGCGGGCGCGGACUGACGCGCACGUGAUCGCUUCGUCCAACGUGGGCUACCGCCUCCUCGAGACCAUGGGCUGGAAGGCCGGCGAGGGCCUUGGCCCGGAGAAGCAAGGCCGCACCGAGCCGGUCGCGACGUGCUGGAAGCGCGACCGCGCUGGCCUCGGCGCCGCGCCGCUCACGUACCGCGUGACCCACAUCGAGAAGCCACCGCAGCCGAUCGCACAGCAGCCAAAGCGGACGCCGGCCGAGAAGCGACAGCGCAAGGCGGCCAAGGCCCAGGCAGCGCAGAAGGAGCGCAUGUACGCGCAGGAGCUCUACUCGGACGACAUUCCCGAAGAGUACAUGGCGCUCUUCCGAUGAGCCUCCCAACAACAGAUUGCGUACGUCGACGGCGCCCAUGACUCUACUCCCAACAUGAUGACUUCAUUGGUAGUUGCUUCAUUCGCAGCCUUCGGCUGCCCGGCGCUUGGUCGCGUCGAGCAAAGCACUGGAUCGUCGCGCGCCGCCAUCACCGCCUAUACGACUGCAGUGCAUAGAGGUCGAUCCACCGUUCUGCGCUCACCAAGAAGGCGGCUCCGUGUCCUCUCGAUCCCACGUGUCGGAACGAGCCUCCCUCGUGAAGCCAGCAUUUGGUCGCAUGGACAGGAUCUUCCAUGAUGCGUCAUCCCAAACCUCUUUCGCCAUGGACAGACAUCGUUGAUCAGAGGAACGGCCGCGGCGAACGCAGGGCUAAUCGGGUGCAUCGUGUCGACAGGGAUCAUGAAGAUGCGCCAGCUCUUGACGUCGAGGACCACGAGCCGCUUGGCAUCGAGUCGCCACGUCAGCAGCCCGUCGAGAACAGCAGACGCACGGUCCACAUAGUAGACAU